AUGGAUGCCACUUUCGACGAGGAGCCUGUCUGGAUUACCAACGACGAUGCCCUGUCGGUCAUAUCAGACCACAAAGAACCGAUCGAGCUCCCCGAGCCUCCAAAACCAAAGACACCCCGAUGUGGAGAAAUCUUUCGAACCACUCGUCCCGAAAGCUGGGCCAUAGACACGGAGGGCACAUGCCUGUUCUGGGUUAAACCCAGACUCUCUUUUCAACUACAACAAUGCUCUUCCUGGAAUACAAGUUCCACCUUCCAGGCAUUCAAUAUCUGGCGUCCAGCAUCAUACUUUGGGCCCACCCUCACGCAGCUAGGACCGGACCCAGUCAAGCUGAACAGCGAGGACCUCAUUGUCACCAGUUCUGACGAUGACACUGAAACUCUCAAGUCUAAAGAUACGGGGGCUAUCCCCUUCACAGAGGACAAUGUCAUUGCCGCUAUUGAUAUCGAUCGCCCGGGUAUCUUUUGCUGCCGUGUAUGCUUCUCAUACCGUGGGCAAGUAAUCCUAGCCAAUGGCGAGCGCUGGAAAUUCAGCGAAAUCGACAUGGAUUACUAUCAUUUUACGCGCGAAUACGAUCAGACCAAUCCAGAUGGUGAAGAAAAUAGGCCGAGCCUUGUGUGGAUGCUCUACGAUAGCUCGAGGCCGGUACUGACGGAUGGCGUCCCCGAAGAUCUGCCUUUCAACAUGGAUCUUGAGACCCGCAUUUGUAUGGUGAAAAGGUCUUCCUGCCUUGGGGAUCCUUGUCCGGAUGGAGGGCCCGUUCUUGCGGUGAUGAAUCGAAAUGGUAUUGUUUGCUGCGACGGGGUUGAGAAGAACACGGAGAUCGCGACGAGUAGUAUUCGGGAAUUAGUUCUAAUGACGGCCCUUGCGGUUGCGCAAUAUGAGAGAUGGCUCGAAGGUUGA